AUGGCUUCUGGAGGGAGUGGAGACGUUUAUCCGACUCUAUGGGGCUUCAGUCCUGCCCUGGACCUGCAGAUGCAUUGUCGUCAGAGUACACUUCAAUACCUAGCUACAUGUGAUGACAUCCCUGAACUGAAUAUUCUUCUUGUGGGAUGUGGUGAUGGAAGACAUCUUCUCAAAACAGUCUGUCAGGCUCGCAGGUGGCCACAUCGGAAACUUCAUUUCUUUGUAAUAGAGAGUGACCUGGAGCUGUUGGCACGGCAAAUGUUGUUUUUGACUUUAGCACUGGAAAAUUCAGAACAAAUGGGUUUACAAGAAAAGUGUGAAAUGUUUCUUGAGCUUUUUUGGAAAUAGCCUUAUUCGUAGUAAGACUUCCACCUACCUGCAAGAGAAAUGUAGAAUGUUUAUACGUUGUGUCACUGACCCGGAGUACCAGCAGAGCAUCCUUCCACAGCUGAACAUGUCAUCCAUCAAGUUCAAAGAGCGGGACGAACUGGAAUACAUCUUUAAGUUCUGGCAAUCUCCAGAACCCAAGCUCUUUCCUAUUGACCGGUACUGGGAUGUAAAGAAUCGUCAGUAUUUGGGAAGAAGAUAUGACUCCAGAAGAGGUGCCUAUGACUGGGAUUUAAAUAUGAAGCUACAUGAGCAUGGGGCUGUAAUAAUUAAUGCUAUUGAAUAUAAUCGUUGGAGAGAAAAUGGAGUUGCAUUUAUGAUACGUGAAGGAAUCUAUGAUGUCCCAAAUAAAACCUUGGCUUCACACAUGAGUGUAACGCAACGAUGUGGAAAGGUCCGUGCUCGAGGUUACUGGGGAGAUAUAACUACAAGUCCAUACAUAGCAUACGGCAUAGAGACCGAGGAGAAGAGCUUGCUGAAGACUUCCAAUGGCGUACAUACAAAGACCGCUCAAGAUCUGUCAAAAUUCAACAUCACAUCAAUGUUUCACGAGUUGGUCACUGGCCAGAAAUACUCUCUAUCGGCACUGAGUAAAGAUGAGGCUGAAGGCAACAGUGCUUGUACUGUAUCGGCUAGUCCUAUAACUGAACCUACUAUCCAUGAAGAAGAAGAAACUUCUGCAAAGAAAAAUGGGAGUACAGAUUGUGAGGAUUUC